GGAGGUGUAUAUAAGUGUCAGUAAUACUUUGUUUGCUCAUGAAAAUAUGGGCAAAUUGGUUAAAAUUUUUGCUGGUUUGCUAAUUGUGGCCUUGGAUAUAGUGGCUGGAAUUCUUGGAUAUAAAGCAGAAGCAGCUCAAAACCAGGCAAGACACGUGACAUUAUGGUUGUUUGAGUGUAACAAGCCAAGUCAUGAGGCAUUUAUUUUUGGGUUAGCUGCUGCAACUCUGCUUGGAGUAGCUCAUGUUCUAGCCAACCUUGUUGGAGGCUGCAGCGUUUGUAGUACUGAUGAUAUUCGUAAAGCCACACCAAUCAAGCAAUUAUCAAUUGCUUCUCUUGUUUUCACAUGGAUCAUAUUUGCAGCAGGAUUGGGUACGUUGGUGAUUGGGACAAAGGCAAAUCACAAGUCAAGAACAUCGUGUGGUUAUUUACAUCAUAAUUACCUAUCCAUUGGUGGAAUUCUUUGUUUUGUUCAUGCUCUCUUUUCUAUUGCAUAUUAUGUUACAGCUAGUCAAAAUCUGGCUUAGCUUAUCAUUUAAAAAAAAAAAAAAAAUUGUAUAGAUUAAUUUUGAAGAUAACUGAUUUUGCUUUGAUGAAAGUUUCUGAGAUGUUGUAUUCCAAUGACAUUUGCAUAUUUUAGGUUGAACAGCUAAUUGUAAGUGGGAUAACUUCCAAAUGUGAUUAUUGGAAGUUCAUUGAUCUAUAUAAUUGAUGAGACCACCCCCACACCACCCUUUUUUGGAGGGGGCUUAUAUACUAAAAAUGGGGCAUGUGAACGCAUA